AAACAUUUUCAGAGUAAGAUUUUGUUUGUCUUGUAGGCAUUUUGUCCCCAACAUCACCUUUGGUCACCCUGUGGUAGAGAGCCUUCGAAAGCAGCUAGGCCAGGACCCCUUCUUUGACAUGCACAUGAUGGUGUCCAGGCCAGAGCAGUGGGUAAAGCCAAUGGCCGUAGCAGGAGCCAAUCAAUACACCUUCCAUCUCGAGGCUACUGAGAACCCAGGGGCUUUGAUUAAGGACAUUCGAGAGAAUGGGAUGAAGGUUGGCCUUGCCAUCAAACCGGGAACUACAGUUGAGUAUUUGGCACCAUGGGCCAAUCAGAUAGAUAUGGCCUUGGUUAUGACAGUGGAACCUGGGUUUGGAGGGCAGAAAUUCAUGGAAGAUAUGAUGCCAAAGGUUCACUGGUUGAGGACCCAGUUCCCGUCUUUGGACAUAGAGGUCGAUGGUGGAGUAGGCCCUGACACUAUCCAUAAAUGUGCAGAGGCAGGAGCUAAUAUGAUUGUGUCUGGCAGUGCCAUCAUGAGGAGCGAAGACCCCAGAUCUGUGAUCAACCUGCUAAGAAAUGUUUGCUCAGAAGCUGCUCAGAAACGUUCUCUUGAUCGAUGAAACCACAAGGAGUCCAGUGUUUAUGCUCAAGAAAUGUCCUUUUACUGGAAAACAAGAAUAUUGACUACCAAAUCAUACCACAGUUGAGGCAGUGCUGCUUUUCUGAGCAGUUUUUCAUUCUGUGACUAAAAAUCUAUUGUGCAGAACGUUCCAAGAUGUUAGAAAUUGGUGUGUACAACUAACUACAUGCUUAUAGUUAAGGGACAUAAAGAUUCGUGUGGUAAAUACGUUGUUACUGGAAGACUUGAUUUUUAUAAAGAGUAAAAAUAUGGCUGUACUGAGGUUAUAAACAGAAAUACGUCUUAAUGCUUAAGAAAAGCAUAUUAGCUACUAUGAAAAAAAUGUUUCUGCAUUUCUAAAAGGAAUUUUCUGUUGUGCUUUGGCUGUUUUCUGAAAGAGAAAACUCUUAGGAUUUUCCUGUUACAUGUCAUACUUGAGUUGUGUAUAUGUGUGAUAAUAUGACUAGAAUGGAACAAAUUCUGAGUUUGAAUCUGGCUUGGAUGGGAUACCAUAUUCUUGCUUCUAAAACAUCUGUUUCUUACUUUGUACCUUAUAAUCGAUAACAAAAAUAUAUAUAAACUGUAUAUGAAGCCCA